GGUCUCUGUGAGUGACAAUACUUCGUGUUUAGCGGAAUUUCUCUCAUAUUUAGAAGAGGAGGUGAAACUGUCGCGGACACAUCAGUCUGUCCUCAGAGCUGUGUGUAGGUACAAACAUGGUGUCCUGUGGUCUGCUAACUGUCCAGAAGGAACCAGUUCCUCUGAAGAGCAUUGAGGUGGAGCUGGAGGUGAGGGACCAUGUGGCUACAGUGGUCUCCACUCUGAACUACGAGAACAAGGAGGACAAACCAUUAGAGGCUGUUUUUGUCUUCCCUCUGCCUGGAGAUGCUGCUGUCUGUCAUUUCAGUGCUAAGAUUGGACAGACACAGAUUGUAGCUGAGGUGAAGGAGAAACAGGAGGCUCGUGAGGAGUAUGAUGAUGCUCUGAGCUCUGGUCAGCAGGCCUUCCUAUUGGAGGAGAGUGAGCAGAGUCCAGAUAUAUUCUCUCUGAGUGUGGGCAGUCUGCCUCCAGGAGAGAGCGCCUCCAUCAGGUUGGAGUACGUCACUGAGCUGGCUGUGCAGGCUGAUGAUGGGCUGAGGUUCUGCCUGCCUGCUGUGCUCAACCCUCGAUACCAACCUCAGGGUAGUGAAGGUGUCCAGGUGACUUCUGUUCCAGCCUUUCUGGUGCCCUACAGUCUGUCUUUCUCUGCCCGAGUGUCCUCUCCUCGUCCAGUCUCUAAAGCAGAGUCCAACUGUUCCCUGGACCCUCUCCAGUACCUCAGCACUGAUCAAACCCAGGCCACGGUCAAGUUGGCUGCAGGACACAGGUUUGACAGAGAUGUUGAACUGCUGAUUUAUUACAAAGAUGCCCACCAGCCCACUGCUGUGGUGGAGGCAGGACAGGCCUCUGCUGAGGCAGGCACUCUGAUGGGUGAUCCAGUGGUGAUGGUGAGUCUGUACCCUGAGUUCCCCCAGUCUGUGAUGUCUUCAUUGGCUUCAUGUGGAGAGUUUGUGUUCCUAAUGGAUCGAUCUGGAAGUAUGAGUAAUACUCGCAUCCGCAGUGCCAGGGAUACUCUGCUGCUCCUGUUGAAGAGUUUACCAAUGGGCUGCUAUUUCAACAUUUACAGUUUUGGGUCCAGAUAUGAACACAUCUUCCCUAAGAGUGUGGAGUAUAGUGAGAAGACCAUGGAGGAGGCUCUGAAGAAAGUUGAGCAGAUGGAGGCUGAUCUGGGAGGAACGGUGAUCCUGCAGCCCCUCAAACAUAUUUACAGCCAGCCCUGCAUUCCCAAUCAGCCUAGACAGCUGUUUGUCUUUACUGAUGGAGAGGUGUGGAACACCAAAGAAGUGAUAGAUCUGGUGAAGGAGAAUUCAGGUUCUCACAGGUGUUUCUCUUUUGGGAUUGGGGAAGGGGCCAGCUCUGCUCUCAUCAAUGGGAUGGCCAAGGAAGGAGGAGGUCACGCUCAGUUCAUCACAGGGACUGACAGGAUGCAACCAAAAGUGAUGCAGUCGCUGCGAUUUGCUCUGCAGCCAAUUGUGGAGGGUGUUUCAGUCACAUGGGAUUUACCAAAGGAAGUGUCUGUCACUGUCCUCUCUCCACCAAUCACAGCAGUUUUCCAGGGUCAAAGGUCACUGAUUUAUGCUCAGCUCACUGGACAGAGCUCAGAGGCAGCAGAGGGCUGUGUGACAGUGAAGUACAGCCUGGCAGGUCAUCCCUCUGAGAACCAGCUGCACUUCAGUCUCAGACCUGCAGCAGACACUGGAUUAACAGUCCACAGGUUAGCUGCUCGCACUCUUAUUCGCUCGCUAGAGAUGGAAGAGGGAGACAGCAGGCGAGAGAAUGAUGGAGGAGUGAAGGAGAAGGUGGUGCAGCUGAGUGUCCAAUCAGGAGUGAGCAGUUCUUUCACCGCCUUCAUUGCUGUCAACAAAGACAAAAACGAGGCGAUCCAA